UUCCACAUUUCCUGUUUUCCUUGGCUAGCCGAGCUGUCAAUGAAACGCUGACUGUUCUGAGGUUGUCCUGACUGAUCCAUUCUCCAGAGGUUAUCCUGACUGAUCCAUUCUCCAGAGGUUAUCCUGACUGAUCCAUUCUCCAGAGGUUGUCCUGACUGAUCCAUUUUCCAGAGGUUGUCCUAACUGAACACAGGAGAUGACCCAACAAGGCCUAUCCCCGUAUCAGCACUGGCACAAGCAAAGGCUGUAGUCCAGUCAAACUAUUUUAACUCUCUCCUGUCUCUGGUGUGAGUCGACGCAUGUCGCGGAUCAGGAGCACGCUCAACACUGUUUCCAAAGCGGUAAGCGGCACCGACCUCCUCUCCAAGAUAUCCCGCCUUAAGCCCAGCGCCGCAGCCGCCCAUGCAGAGAAGGUACUGGCCAAAGCGGAGCCUCCGACUCCAUCUCCAACCCCGGCAGCGAGUGAUGCUUCAGCUGCAACAGCCAUGAAGCCACCAGAGCAGGAUCAGACAGUAGGACAGGAGCAGAACAAUGGAGAGGAGGUGAAGGAGAAUCAGCCACUUCAGGCUUUAGAGAAACCCUUCAUGGCCAACGUCAAGCCCAAACAUAGUCUCACUGCGUCAGUGGCUAACUCCGCCGCCAGCUCCUCGUCAGCCAUGGCCAAGCAGACGUUACAGCUGUUCCACCCAGAGGCCCUCUCCACCAACAUGGACGAGACAUACAGCACCCUGGCUCAACAUGUCAACGACUACUUCGGGAGUAGUAGUAGUCUAUCAACAGGAGACGACAAGAAGCCUCACCAUCUAAAUGACAAUGCUCAAGCAUCCACGUCCUCCAAGCCUGCCCUCAAUCAACGCUAUCAGAGCACCAAGAGCGGGGACCACAUCCCCGUUUCAGUACCAGUGGCAGCUGAGACCGAGGUUAUCCAGGGCGAGACUGCUACCCCACGACCGACUCCUCCCCUGGACGAGGUUAGCCCAACCUCAGGUGUUCCCACCCGAGAAAGCCCUGCCUCAGACAACACUUCCUUUGACCCAGCCACCACUACCCCCACCCUAACACCCUCUAAAAAAGGGGGGUUUGGGCAGUACCUGUCCGACCCUCGCCCCAAUGUUCAGGCAUUCUUUGGCAGCUACAUAGCACCCUUGGUUCCUAGUAAGUUCAGGGCUGAAGCCAAGAGCGUCACAGCAGCAGUUAAAGGGAAGACCACGGAGGAGGCUGUGAGGAAGCCUGGAGAGAAGACAGAGACUGAGGAGGAGGAGAAGAAGAACGCUGAAGAGAGGGCCAAGAAACUGCUGCUGAGCCAGAGAGAGAAGAUCAUAGCCCGGGUGAGUAUGGACAACAGGACCAGAGCCCUGGUGCAGGGCAUCCAGAAAGCCACAGAUGUGAAUAUCCACACCAGCCGUGUGGAGGAGCUCAGCAUGCAUCUACUGGAGUACCCUGAGACACGCGGCGUGGCCGUCAAGGAGAGGGUGAUCCCGUGCCUGUUGCGUCUGAGGCAGACCAGAGACCCCAGGCUCCAGGCUGCAGUGAGAGAAGCCCUGGCCCUGGUGGGAUACACAGACCCUGUGAAGGGCCGGGGUAUACGGAUCCUGGCCAUCGAUGGAGGGGGGACCAGGGGACUGGUGGCCCUGCUGGCCCUACAUAAACUGCAGACCCUGACGGGCAAACCCAUCUACCAGCUGUUUGACUAUAUCUGUGGGGUCAGCACAGGUGCCAUCCUGGCCUUCAUGUUGGGGGUGUUCCAGAUUCCUCUGGAUGAUUGUGAGGAACUCUACAGGAAGCUGGGUUCUGACGUGUUCAAACAGAACGUAAUCGUGGGAACCGUCAAGAUGGGCUGGAGCCAUGCCUUCUACGACAGCCAGAUCUGGGAGAACAUCCUCAAAGAGAGAAUGGGAGAAGGCCUCAUGGUCGAGACAGCCCGGGAUCCAAAAUGCCCGAAGGUGUCAGCAGUGAGCACCAUAGUGAACAGGGGUCUACCUCUGAAGGCCUAUGUGUUCAGGAACUACAGCAUGCUACCAGGGGUCAGGUCCCACUACAUAGGAGACUGUAAACACAAGAUGUGGCAGGCCAUCAGAGCCUCCUCCGCCGCCCCAGGGUACUUCCAGGAGUAUACACUGGGAAAAGACCUGCACCAGGAUGGAGGUCUCCUCAUCAACAACCCGACAGCGUUGGCCAUCCACGAGUGUAAGCUGCUGUGGCCCAACACCCCAGUGCAGUGUGUCGUCUCUCUGGGUACGGGCCGCUAUGAGACCGCCAGCAAGAACAACAGCACCUACACCAGCCUCAAAGCCAAGAUCACCAAUGUCAUCAGCAGUGCCACCGACACAGAGGAGGUCCACAUCAUGCUGGACGCCCUCCUUCCACCCGACACCUACUUCCGCUUCAACCCCUACAUGAGCGAGGACAUCCCAUUGGACGAGAGCCGGCCGGAGAGGCUCACCUUCCUGCAGGAGGAAGGAACUCGCUACCUGGAGAGGAACGAAGCCAAGCUGAACAAGGCAGCGUCGGUGCUGGCUCUGGAGAAGAGCGCCAUCCAGAGGCUGGCUGAAUGGUGCAAACUGAAGGCCGACAUGUACGAGGGCCUGCCUUUCAUCUCCAAACUGUAGGGGAUGUCUAGAGGUGAAAGGUCAGACAGGCUGAGAGACACUAAUUUAGACUGAUUAUGAAGAUAAUAUAGGAGCUGUAAAGGUCUGACAUGUACGAGGGCCCUUCAUCAGAAACUGUAGGAGGAGACCUGCAGAGGUUAAAGUUCAAAAGGCAGCUGCAGGCGGUAGCUGCUGAGACAUUCAUUUAGGCUUGAUAAUAAACAUAAUGUGCUUUGAUAUGACUCCAUAUCUGCUUGAUGUAGAUUAUUUGAAUUUCUGUUGCUUGGGCAGGAUGUUGUUGCCUUUGACCUGUGAGAGUUGAUGCAGUAGGAUCUGUAGGAGUGUUUUCUCUGAAAAGUGUUUGGCAGGUAGGGCUGAAGGAAUCAACCUUUUGACUGGUCCUAAAUAAAGCGCCACUGUGAAGAGAGCGCAUAUGCUGUGUUUACACAGGCAGCCCAAUUCUAAUAUUUUGCCACCCCAAAAAUCUGAUCAAAUAUUUUGCCAAUAAUUGGGUAAAAGAUCUGAAUUGGACUGCCUGUGUAAACAGCCAUAAUGGUGUGAAUGGUAGAUAGCCAUUUACUGUUUUGAUUUAAGAGUGCAGGGUUUGCAGGGAAGGUAUUUUUAACAACUACCGACUUAACAUGUACUGGUAUGUCAGAUAUUCAGGGUCUGUUAUUAGCAACUCAUUCUGUUGUAAUUACUAUAAAUAUGAAUGUUGUAACUGACCUUGCUGUCACCUCAUUCCCAUGUUCAGUAACUUUAAAUGCUUCAAACUUGAACUAGGCAUGUAAAGUAGAAUGGUAUAUAACAUGUAAUUAUGCCUUUUUUUCACAGAUGAAUGAAAUCAUGCACUUUGUAAAUUGUCACAUUGUUCUUAUCGUAAGAGGUCUGUAAGGGAUAAAAUGUAAAUGGUUUGAUAUGUGAUUUUGAAUAAUAUUUAAUUGCAGAGUUCAUGAUAUUAGCUUUAUAACGAACUUGAACCCCCUAGUUCCUUUCUCCUGCAUCGGUGUGUGAGAAUGAAAAUGUGUAAUUAAAACAGGUUUCUGUUG